AUGGAUGCUACAAAGUUGAUACCUCUCAUAAGAAAUGUCGCUGAAUCAAAAACGAUUAAACAUGCCAAACUCGUUCACCAAAAAGUAAUCACCUCAGGCCAACAGAAGAACAUUGCAAUAUGCAAAAACCUCAUUAGUCUCUUCUUCUCUUGCCAAUUAUUCCAAUCUGCUAGGCUAGUUUUUCAAUCUAUUGAAAACCCUGCAGAUAUCACAUUAUGGAACAGUUUAAUUUCAAAUUACACAAAGAAUUUCAUGUUCGAUGAAGCUCUUCAAGUCUUCGAAAAGCUCAUGCAAUUCACUCUCUUGAAACCUGAUAGUUACACAUACCCAAGUGUAUUAAAGGCCUGUAGUGGACUGGGGUUUGCGAACUUCGGUAGAACGAUCCAUACGCAUCUGGUUAAAAACGGGUUUGUGGCUGAUGUUGUUGUUACUAGUUCUUUGCUUGGGAUGUAUGCAAAAUGUGGUAUGUUUCGGUUAGCAGUCCAAGUGUUCGAUGAAAUGCCUGACAGAGAUGUCGCUUGUUGGAAUACCGUAAUCUCUUGUUAUCAUCGUGAUGGGCAGUAUGAGAAAGCAUUGGACUUGUUUAAAAAGAUGAAAAAUGAUCAUGGGUAUGAACCUGAUUCUGUAUCAUUCACAACAGCCAUAUCCGCUUGUUCUAAGCUUUUGAAUCUUGAAACAGGUAAGGAGAUUCAUAAGGAAGCCAUGAGAAACGGUUUCGGAUCCGAUGCUUUCGUUCAAGCUGCUCUGAUUGACAUGUAUGGUAAAUGUGGUUCUUUAGAUAUGGCUCUACAAGUUUUCAACCAAAUCCCUUUCAAGAAUCUCGUUUCUUGGAACUCCAUGAUUGCAGGAUAUAGCUUAAAAGGUGAUAGCAAAUCUUGCAUUCAACUUCUAUGGAAGAUGAUCACACAACAAACUAAACCAAAUUCAACAACUUUAAGCAGUUCACUAAUCGCUUGUUCCAAAUCCUCAAACGUGAAACAUGCCGAAUCCAUCUUCAAGAAAAUGGCAAAAACAAAUGUUGUAGAAUGGAACUCCAUGAUUUCCGGAUACGUAUCCGUAGGCUUGUAUCUUGAAGCUCUUGACAUCUAUAAAUCCAUGAAUACAACCCAAGUGAAACCCGAUGUGAUCACAUUUACAAGCAUAUUAGCAGCAUGUACACAACUUGGUUCACUAGAAAUCGGUAAGGAUAUUCAUAAGUCUAUCAUUUCACACCACUUUGAAUCAAAUGAAAUAGUUAUGGGAGCUGUUCUUGAUAUGUAUGCUAAAUGUGGAGAAGUGGAAAUAGCUCAACAGGUUUUUAGUCGAUUACCUGAGAGAGAUCUUGUUUCUUGGACUACUAUGAUAGCAGCUUAUGGGGCUCAUGGGGAAGCUUUUAAAUCACUAAAACUCUUCCAAGAUAUGAAGAAACUGAAUAUAAAACCAGAUAGAGUUGUGUUUUUAGCUAUUAUUUCGGCUUGUAGCCAUGGAGGAUUAAUUGACAAAGGGUGUUAUUACUUCAACCAAAUGGUUAAUGAUUAUGGGAUCCAACCAAAAGUUGCAGAUUACUCAUGUGUAAUAGAUCUUCUUUGUCGUGGUGGAAGAGUGCAUGAUGCUAAUGCUAUUCUACAAAAGACUGAAAGCAUUAGAGAGGAUGUUGAACUGUUGAGCACAUUGUUUUCAGCAUGUAAGUUACAUGGGGAGAUAGAAUUGGGUGAGAAAAUUGCGGGUUUGCUUAUUGAUAAAGAUCCUGAAGAUCCAUCAACGUAUACUGUGUUAGCUAACAUGUAUGCUUCAACCAAAAAAUGGGAUAAGGCAAGAAAAGUGAGGAUGAAGAUGAAAGAGCUUGGAUUGAGAAAGAAUCCUGGGUGUGCUUGGAUUGAAGUUGAUAAAAAGAUUGAAGCUUUUUUGGUGGAAGACAAAUCGAUCCCUCAAGCAGGAAAGGUGUAUGAAUGUUUAUCUGUUCUUGUUAGUCAUAUGAACAUGGAUGAACUUUUGUUUUAG